UCUGUUCCCAUCGCCGCUGCCACUGCUACUGCUGCUGCUGCCGGCAGUCUCGAAUGGCGGCGUCUGCGAGCGGCGACGAGGACGAGGAGCCGCCGCGGGCUGCGGCCGCCGCGGCUCAGCGGCUGCGCUCCAAGAGCGACACCCCGUACCUGGCGGAGGCGCGCAUCGCCCUGGGCGCCGAGGCGGCGGAGGAGGUGGCUCGGCUCGCCGCCAUGCGCUCCGAGUCCCUGGUCCCCGGCGCGCACACGCCGCCGAUCCGCCGACGCAGCAAGUUCGCCACCCUCGGUCGAAUCUUCAAGCCCUGGAAGUGGCGCAAACGCAAAAGCGAGAAGUUCAAGCAGACGUCCGCAGCGCUGGAGAGAAAGUUCUCGGAGCGACAGAGCAGAGAGCAGCUCAUCCAGCGCGGCCUGCUGAAGGAGGCUCCAGAGAAAGAUGGAGAGGUCGGGCCUAAGGAGGGCGACGAGGGCGGCCACACGGCGGAGAACGGCCACACGGUGGGCGAGCAGCCGCUGCUGUCGGGCGUCGCCGAGCUGGAGGAGACUGAGACGGCGACUGGGUCGGCCACGGAGCCUGAUGGUUGCCCCGAGCCACAGCCGGCGCUCCCUGAGGAGACCGCAGAGCCCGGGCCGUCGCCAGCCCCAGCGAGCUCCACCACCGUGCCGCCUCGCACGCCGCCGUCUAUGCCGCCCAAGAAGGGGCCCCCAGUGGCGCAGGGCAUCCGCGAGUCGGCGGGGAGCGAGACGCCGCCGCCGUCGUCAUCAAAACAACCGCCGGCCCUGCCGCCGAAACCGCUCGCUCGCCCAUGCGCUCACAUUACUGGGGACUCGGUCGGCCAGGGCGGUCGUUCUUCUCCGACGGUGCCCCCCAAGAAGGUUUCUGCCAUCAGCGCGGCGGCUGCUGCCGUGGAGUCGACGCUGUCAGCUCGCCACAGCGCGGCCCGGCACGGCCUGGCGCACCAGAUUUCUGCCCCUGCCUCCCUGGCCUCCACCAGCUCAACGGCAGCAUCGCCGCACAGCCAUGGGGCGGCACAAUCGACACCGCAGGCCGCGACCACCACAUCUUCCAGCGCACCCUUCCAGAAUUCCACGGGGCACCACGGGCCGGCGAUGUCAUCGCCUUCACCGCACCUGUCCUCCCUCCACUCCCAGCAUGCACCGGUGGGGUUUGUGCCCUCCCAGCAUUCCGUGGGGCAUCCCCUGAAGACGCCGAGCAGCGUCAUCGAGGAGCUCAAUCGGACACUGGCAAUGGCCGCUCACCGCCUGGAGUGCUUCCACAGCUCGGAGUCGGCGCCAGCCGCGGUCCCGAGGGUGGAGGUGAGCGAGGUCCCCACGGUGCAGCUCCGCGUCAGGGCCCAUCGUGGCGCGGCGGUGGCUGCGGCAGCGGCGAUGGCAGCGGCUGCAGCGGCGGCGGCCGGAGGAGGACGCGACGGCGAUGACGACGACGAUGACGACGACGCGGCUGGGGGCUGCGAUGAGGACAGCGACAAGGAGAACGCCUACUCCGAGUCGGACUCGGACAGUGAAGAGGGCGACGGGCCGGGCGGCACGCGGCUCCGCGUCAAGAGUUCCCUGGCUGCUAAGGUUAUGCGGAAGGACUCGCUGGCGAUCAAGCUGAGCAACCGGCCCUCCAAGGAGGAGCUGCAGGAAAAGAACAUCCUGCCUCGGCAGACAGACGAGCAGCGCCUUGAGAUGCGCCAACAGAUCGGCACAAAACUCAUCAGGCGGCUGAGCCAAAGACCCACGGCCGAGGAGCUGGAACAGAGAAAUAUUCUCCGGCUGAAGAAUGAAGAAGAGGAACAGGAAGAAAAACAGGAGAUUAAGCGACGCCUGUCAAGAAAGCUGAGCGAGAGGCCCACGGUGGAGGAGCUGCGAGAAAAAAAGAUCCUUAUCCGCUUCAACGACUACGUGGAGGUGGCGGAUGCCCAGGAUUACGAUCGGCGAGCUGAUAAACCCUGGACGCGCCUCACUGCCGCUGACAAGGCUGCAAUCCGCAAGGAGUUGAAUGAGUUUAAGAGCUCUGAGAUGGAGGUUCAUGAACUGAGCAGGCAUCUCACCAGAUUCCACAAGCCGUGACCCUGGGCCCACCCUUCGCUGAGCUGUGAAUAGUGUACAUUUGACUGUGGUGAUGUGGCGUGCGGAAGAGGCGUGGUUCGGCGGAGUGGAAUCGCGGAAGCCGUGGAGACGGCAGAAGAUUUUUUUUUUCCAGCAGCGACAUCAAGCGCGACUGCCCUCGUGUGGUGAUGUGGGUGUUUGUUUUGUGGGUGUGAGUGUCCGUUGAGUGAGUAAAUACGUGCGUGUUGCAUGGCCAUGGCUAGCCUCUCCUGCCUUGUCCACCAAGGUCAAACGUUGGCGGAUAAUUCGGGGUGUGAACUUUCAGUGAGCUUAGAAGAGGAGCAGCAGGCAAACACGCAGCACAGGCAAUUGCACCGAAUAUACAAAGGAAAAGAAAAGAUUCCCCUUACAGCCUUAACAAGUGCUCUUAGUAAGCACCUUUGAAGACCGGCACGGCACACGAAGGGGGUGGGUGGCCGAACGCCAUGCCCGGCCACCUUUGUCUCCCGAGUGGUGAUUUUUACACAGGUACUCAUUUAAGGCUGAGUCGACCUGGAGGAGGCCCAGGACCAUGAGCUGAGCGGGAAUCGAACUCGGGUCGCCGGGUUCGUCGCACAGCAAGCUAACCGCUAAUCUACCACUCCCCACACACCGAAUAUACAUGUGUACAGAAACAGCUAUCAUACACACACAUUUGUGUUAGUAUACAGUAUCUGGAUGUAUGUUUGCGUGUGCAGAUUAAUUUACCUGUAUGUGUAUUCACUUAGAGAUAUUGCAAUGGAGGUGUCAUGAGAAACUGCAUACGUGUGACAGCUUAAUAGCUUCACAAUGAGUUAGAGGCCAAUACUAAGACAAUGAUGCUGAUAUGCGUAAAACACUGCAAUGUGAAGUUCAGAUUACUGCUUGCCCUUUAAUUACCUUACUGCACAUUAAAGUUAACCUACGGUAAUUCAUUCAUGUAAAUUGUACGUAAGAGUGCAAGAGUUUAAUAUCCACGCACAAAGGCCAAGCAUUUUCCCUCUCACCUCGAAGGCCGUUAGGGCAAGUGCUGUUAGCGAGCACCAACAACGAUUGAAAACAUGAAGGGACCGUGGUACCAGCACCACGUGUGCUUGGCCACCUGAGUCUCCCCCACCUGUGCCGGUUCAAAUACCAAUUACUGCUAAUGAACCCCCUAGUUACCGAGAUAGCAACACGGUGCACCGACCACUUUACCGCUUCAACGCACAUCAACACACACACACACAUUUACUCAUACACACCAGACGUGCUCGCACCCACACGCGUGCUUGCACACCUUGCUGUCUGGUUAUGUCGGGGGGGGGGCUCCACAGCUCUCUCAUCAUAGGCAGCUGUGGCGAGAGUGUUGAGGCCCAAGGGGAUAUGGCUUUUUGUCCUCAUAAUAGCUUCAGCUACGGCCAUGCGUGCACAUUUAAAUAUUUUGUAUGCCUGCGAUACACCCCUACAAUAAAUGGGAAAAGUGGCAAUAAAAUAUUACGGACGAUAAAAUCCCUUUAAAAUCCUUUACAAUUGCAAGGCAGAGCGAUGACAGUAGCAACAAAUAAAUGGCCCUUUUGUGCUGGCUUUUUUCCCUCCCAGCAUCCUGCCCCCCCCCCCGUCACUGUUGCACGCUCGCUCUGCACAUAUCACAGCCGAGCUUUGAGAGCAGUUGUCCACUUUUUUUAAAUCGUGUCUUUUAUUUAUUUUUUGUUCACAAAAACGCUGCAGACCACAACACUUGAUCCGAUUGUCGCUCGACUUGAAAAACCACUCGAGGCAGUUGACCUGUUGCAUAUUGACUCCCAUCAUUCGCAUCGGAGCCAGGCAGGCAUUCGCGCAAGCCCCUAUCUUUGGUUGGACAGAUGCGAGCCAGAAAUACUUUCUCGCUCGCAGGAAUUGUCAUCACACGUGAAUGGGAUGCAGAGCCGCGAGCUUUCUUACUUGAGUUCUGCUGAAGAAGCAUUUGUUUUCAUAGGUCAAUAUUUUUUCCCGACAGUAUUUGUGCAUCCACAUAUGUGGUCUUGGCCAUUUCUUGCGUGUCUUGCGUGUUCAUAUGAGCUGUACAUUAUAUAUACACACACAUACACGCACAUAAUUUAGUGCACACAAUUUCCGUUUGUAUAUAUGCAAUAUAAGUUUGUGUGUCUGAAUUAAAUGUAUAUGUACAAACACGUAAAUAUAUAUUGCACGUGCAGUACAUGUUUAUUAUUUUUACACGUGUGUGUGCUAUAUAUUAAAUAUUGGGGGAAGUCAACGUUUUGAGAAUGAAAUAUUGAAAGAGUUGUUCCUGCUGAAUAUUUGCCUUAUUUUAAAGUUCCAUCUGAACAAAUCAGGUAAUUGAAUGUGUCCUUUGAUACAAAUUGUUCUGUAUUUUUAAAAUAAGUGUGAGUGUAUGCUUACUCUUAAUAUAUCAUUCUCAUGACUUUUUGACCACGCUUUUUGCUUUAUAGAUUAAAACACAAAUUUCAUGUUCCGUAUUCAGUGGUUGUCCUAUGGAUUAACUGGUCUCCGCCAUAGCAAUGUGGAAUAUCUACCACUGGCUCAGGACUAACAGUAGAAAUUAGUUCUGCCCAUUGUUUGAAAAAUAUAUAUUUAAAACACAGCAUUAUUUUCCAAUGUGCCGUGUGUUUCAGACAAAAAAAAUGCCCCUGCCCGAUUGUGUCAUCUCCAUACCCAGCCUGGGAGCGGAUGAACAAUGUGUGUGUAAACUUGUGCAAUGUGCGUUAAACAAGGUAACGUCCCUGCCUACCCAGUAGAAGUUCCACCAGUUGUAGUUAAAAAAAAGAAAAAAUGCACACGCUAUGGCGAAAGACAUUCGGCCCCUCUAGUAUCCUGCGAAAGCUGUGCAAUGUAUGACAAGCAUCCACUUAAACCUAACGUAGCCACUAUGCUUAUACAUUUGCUUUAUACCAAAAAAACUCAACCCCUUCAUCAUUAACACUGCCUCAACAUGAACAAAAUAUAUAAUUGACGAUGUUUCAGGCGAUGACCCUUUUUUUAUAGAACAUUAAAACAUUUAUACCAGAUGAGAGCUCACUGAGACCAAAAGAAUAUUCCAGGGGAAACCGGACACGCAGAGGAAUACAGUAAACAUGUCAACUAAUCAUUGAAACGUACAGCAUCAGGCUUAAGACAUGCACGAUAUUUGCCGUAAUGUUUUGCCCCUUUUGUCCUCUAUUGUACAACCGGUGUCAUGUCAUGAGGUGAAGAAACCGCUUGCAACUCUCACAGAGUAUGUGCAACCUGCGAUGUUAGAGAACAGCCCACAGAAGCAGAAAUUGCAGAACGACUGGGAUUCCUUCAAGUGAUCCCUGACCCACACACAAGUGGACAGUGCUGGUAAUGUUAAUCGCUUUGACAGUGAAACCACUAUUUAAUUCUUAGAGCUGGAAUUGAGCCAAAUUAAGUGCAGUGCCAAAUUUAAUCACGUUUUUUUUUACAGCAAUUGGCGACUGUGCUGAAACCAUCAGCGUAGUACCCUCGAGAGGGCAGUUUAAUAGCCGGCGGUGGCUUCGGUUCGAUCUGAGAGGUCGCAGCGGUGCCACGCUGGGACCUCUGAGCCACCUGGCCACCUCUGCCAAAUGUUAUAUUGAUCGUGUUUGGUAAUUUCUUUAGGACGUCUUUUUGUGUUUAGUGUGUUGUCCUUCCCCUCCGCCCGCGCCUCCGAUUAGCACGGUUGGCUACGUACGGUGCGAAACAAGUCCAUACAUCUAUUUAUAUAUAUUUUUUUGACAUCACGCCCAACAUCUCGAAACACAAUUAUGACAGUGAAAUAAAGAUAAAGCAGCAUACUACUUAUGAUGUUGUGUUACUCUUGACACAACUUUAAAAAAGACUAUCUGUUGGUAUUUUCACGAGGCUGUUGGUGACAUGGGGUUGUUGAGUAUACGCACACCUUAUUUGUUUUGCCAUGCAUGAAAAUUACUGUGCAGUUUUGUUUCCCUCCCAUGAUAUUUUUAAUGGCCUAAUUUAAUGUUUUUCAGCUUAGUGUGUAUUAUUUGGCAGAGUGUGCUUAAAUGCGUGAUUGGAAAAAAGCCCAGUUUCUUAACGUAGGCGAGUUAAAUGAGACGUACACGUGUGAGAGGCCAGUAAGACUAAAGGAGACCUGGCAAGGCGUAAUCAAAUGAUUAUUAAAGCGACAAUCUUCACAAUGUCUCAGUGGUUUAAAAUGUACAUUCCACAAUUUAUCAAAUUAGAUAAUGGUGGUGUCUGUAAUGGUACCUUGUAGUGUACAGGCAUUUGAUGAAUUUAAGAGAGGGGGGAAUAAAAUGCUUAGGAACGUGUAAAAUAGACAUUUUUAUUUUUUCAGGAACGUGCAAUGUUAUUAAUGGGUUUUACCGCAAAAUGCUUGAAAGUCAUCGUUUGGAUAGUGGUCGUCUUGUAAUGGUGAGAAAAGCGUGUUUUAGUAAUUGUGUGUGACUUGAUGAACGUGCACAAUUAAGCAGAGUAUUUUUUUUGUAUAUUGCAUUCACAAUUCACCAUCGUUCAUUUAACAAGGUUCAUAAUGGGGUCGUUUAUCUUUUUUCAAGUGAAUCCUGAGUAAUUGGAGAAGUGUUGGACCAUCACUUCUAGUUUGUAGUUCAACUGGAACUCGUUUUCAAAUUCGUGAUAUUGGCUGUAAAAAAACGACACACGAUGUCCACUGUCACAUCCUCUCUGAUGCCCUCUGUACACAGCCAGUGGCAUGCUGUGGUAAAUUUGGUGCGCAGCUUAGCAAAUGAAUGUGGGAAUCGAACCUUGUUUGUGAAAAUGGCCUCUGUGGCAAGCGCGCUUACCACUUCACUUUUCAGCUUCCCUUUUCGAUAAGUUGUUCUCCAGACAAGGAGAGAGGGUUAUAUUGUAGUAGAAAGUGUUACAGUGAGAUGGUUAUUUACGUAUAUAUGAAAGUUACAUUAAAACGAAAGGGAGAUUUGUGUUUGGAGUGUAACGAUGUAGUAAGUCGUCACUUAAUAUCCAGUCUUAAAACUAAUGAUACAUCCAUCGAAUCACGUGUAUAACAAUCGGAUUUAUUUUUCCCCCCAUAGGAAUAUGUUGCAUAUUAUGGGUUAAUGUGACAUCUACAGUCACUGGCGGGCAGUAACAUUCACGGCAUCGUUCCAAAAAAUAUUUUUGGUUCAAAUCAUGACUGAAUUGUAACAAUUCACGGGGGAGGGGGGAGAUUGUUACACCCCUAUUUCUUACGCAGUAUUAUGUGGAGCAAUCAUUUCUAGAGCGAGUAAAGAUGAAGACAGAGAGAAAGUAAACGUGUGCACAAUGCCAUAGCGUUGGAUCCCCAUUUCGUUUUUUUUUAUUGACACAAGCUUCAAUUUGUCUCGGCUGUUAUCGCCCAGCGUUCUCAUAAUAACGCGAUGAGAUAAGUCAUUGGCGUCAGUGCGAGGCACUCUAAACGCACCCAUCACGUCACGCUUAAUUGGAAUAAUCGAGGAUGUGCUGACAUUGGGCAAAUUGCUAACAACCAUUGUAUAAAACAAACUCGCACGGGUAAAGCUCGUUUGCAAAGCGGGAAAUUCAUGCCCAUGAUUUUAAGCCAAGCAGGAUUGAUAGAGCUCAUUUGGAGUGUUCACCCGAAAGACAACUUUCCAGGUUGUCCCACAUUGACAAGGAACCAAUGUGAGCUCCAAGGGUCAGAGGGUCACGUUGACAUUGUUGCACACUUCACUGUUUUGCUGGCUUGGGUUAAGCGGUAUGAUGAGGAUUGUGGUAAAUGUCACUGCCAUUCUAUUAAUGUAUGUCUUUUUAUUACCUCGUGUUUUUUAAUUUGAAGCCCUUGUGAAUCUCGUUGAGUUUUGUUCGACAGAGCUACAGCUUCAAAGAUUAAGAGUGUUGUCAAGAGGCUGUUGGUUAUUUUAUGCCAUUUUUAUCCCAAGCGCUUAUGACAAUGGGUUUUGCGUAAAGUUCUUACGGCAUACGUGCGUUAAGCCAAAUAAAAUUAAAACCCACUAAUAUCAGGAAUACUGUUUAUAUUGGUUGUGCAUUCUAAGCAGCGAAUGCCUCCUGUGUGUACACUAUGAAACGUAAAAGUGUACGAUGUUAUUAGUUGAGAAGGAUGCGGGAUGCAUAAUGUUGAAAUUUGGAUAACGAUGGCUCAAGCGCGUUUUCAAGUCUUAUUUUGCGAUCGUUAUUCAUUGGUCACUCGUAUCUUUCAAACAUCUGUUGAUUUGUAAUAAAUUGUGCAAAUAUUGCCAACCGGAUGUUUUGUAUGUAUAAAAAAAUACAUGUAUAAAAACCUGGAUUUAUUCAUGGGUGAUAGUUCGGGUUCUAAUCGGUGCUGGCUCAGGUGGACUUUUAAUGGACUUAGCGUUCAUCUCCUGAACCAACUGGCCACCCACCGCUUCAAUCCAUCUUGAAGUCGUCAUCGUGGCCAUUGUCGGUGGGUGAAUCGCCACUGGCGUCGAGAACACUUGAUCUUGAAGCUCAGAAAUUUGAGUCGGCCCUGUACGAAGGAGACAACUCUAUGUGAGGCAUCUGCUUGUUUUAAUUGUACAGAGCUGAAUAUUUAUUGAAUGUUUUGCUUGCUAAUUCAUAAUCGCUUGUUUUGCAACUCGCAAUGUUGGUGUGAAUAAUUAUCCAUCAGUCAUUUAUAGAGAGCCAUGGCAUUUAGUUCAAUUUAAUUUAGGGAAUUUAUUGCUAAGCUUACUUGACUAUGUCUGAUUGCAACAUAUACAUCUCAUACUUAAUAUAUAACCACUUAAUGGUGGCUCUUUAACCGCUGACUUUCACAGAGAUGUAAACGAUUAAAAUUUUAUUUAUUUAAAGCAUUUAAAUUAACAAUUUAGCAGUGAAAUAGCUCUUUAUAAGAUAAUGUGUCCCGAUGCAUAAUUCUGAGUACCCUGAAGUGGGAUGAUAUUAAGAACAUUCGAGGACAAAGCUAUAUUUGCAUCCAGCACUGUACUACACAUUCAGUGAUGUAUUUCAUGUUUGAACCUUUAAAAACAACUUUAAUUUGGUUAUACAGAAAUUAAUUGCGGCUAAAUAUUAUGUUGAUGACGAGAUGCUCUUGGUGGGUCUCAUGGUCAUAUUUCAGACAUUCGAGAAAAAAGCACUUGUGUAUUGUUGCCUUUGUAUGAUUGUUAAACCCUCUCCUUUUGUGUACUGCAUUUCCAGUCCACCAUCUCGUUGCUUUGGCUUUGAGCCCAUCCAGCAGGAAAACACGAGUGUACGCAAAUGAUUCUGACGCAUGCCCUAAAGUUUUUGAGUUUCGCUAGGUUUUAGCAUACUAGUAAUGAAUGAUGUACUUUUUUGUAAUAAUAAUCUCAUACCAGUACUAAUAUUCCUGUACAUGUAUGCUGUGUUAACCUCUCACUAUUGACGUUCCCAUGGCACUGAUGUCCACACAGUGUCAAUGAAAAACCACUUUACUGUUGCUAUAAAUAUUUUCGUCCCCUGGGAGAUGCUUUGCAUAGCAUUUGCCACCACUUUUCAAUAGACAUCAGUGCUCACCACUCUCUCUCUCUCUACCAUUGUUAAGCGCAAUUCACAGUUUUUCAGAUAACUUUUGUACAUUCCCUUUAGGAUAACGCAGCCGCGAUGCCAAUAUUUAAUAGCUGGAGGUAACCGCUAAUCAUCAAGCUGGCUCUGCUCUCCACAUAAAAAUGCACCACACGUCAAAACAGAUCGUCACCCUGCCCGUGCAACACAAGUCGUGUCUGCUGAAUUUAAUUGUUUUUUUUUAAAGAAAACAUUCUAAACAGAAGGUUAUGCACCUUCAUGAGCCAAUGUUUUCAUUUAAGAAAAAUAAAAGCCCCUGACUAACUUAUAUGGUUUUACAAACUGAUAUCAGCAAUUGAGUUGUGAACUGAUUUUUAAAAUAUAUUGGACUAUUUCCUUUUCCCAGAAUCACAUCACUCUCUUUCCUCGCCGGGUGUUUAUCUGUGUUACUGUGGGCAGAUCUUCACUUGCCUCGGUCGUGCGAUGUCUGCAUGGUUCAAAAGGAGAUUGUGUCGAAAAGGUGAGCACGUCUGGCUGACUUUAGCUGGGUCCCAAACAGAUCACAAGGGCCGCACGUUUUCUCAUUUACGCUUGUGUUUCUUAAACAUACUUGGCGCGCGCGUGUGUGUGUGUGUACACGUGUACUUGCCUGUAUCUCAGUGAAAGGAUACGCUUGUUAAAUAAAUUGUAAAUACUGUAUGUUUUUGAAUGUUAUUUUAAUUGUAUUUAUGCUACUCUAAAUAAAAAAAAUGCAGGU